UAAAAUGGCUGAUCAAAUGUCAGCAACAGUUUGAUUGAGAUUACACUUCGAUCUGCUCCAUUAUUUCAAGUUCAAUUUUGCAGAUUUUGAUACAAAAAUAUGGCCAAGGUUGCAGUUGCUCCGGCUGUUCAUAGUUUUUCAGAUCUUCGACCGUCUUCGCGUGCACUAACGAUAACACCUCGGCCAGCUUCCAGAAAGUCAACUGGCUUUGGAGCACUUGAUCGUCCUUCAUCUGGAAAUGUUUCACGCGGGCGGAAUGUUGCUGUUUCUUCACUUGAAUCAAAAGGAGCUGCAUCGGGUAUGUUCAUCAUACGCCCAGGAAGGCGAGACUCUUCCAGUUCAAGUUUAGGUUCACCAAAAUCUCCAGACGCAAAUUUGAGUUUCAUUGAGGUCGAGUCACGUCUGAGAGAAAAGAUCCGAGUGAAUGCCGCUGAACUGCGUCAGGCUCUUCAAACAUUUGAUGCAGAAAAGACCCACACAGUAACUCAAAGUGAAUUUAAAAGAGCUCUGGAUUCAUUUUGUGUACCUCUUACAGAGGAUCAGUUUGAGCAACUCAUUAAAAAGAUUGGUACAAACAGAGAUGGAUCAGUAUCAUAUAUUGAGUUCUUAGAGAAGUACCACCAGAGAGGAGGGACACCAGAAGGGCUGCGAUUUCUUGGCACUCUACACAAGUUUAACCAAACAAAAUCUCCGGGAGAUGCCUUGGCCAUGGAUGAGGUUGAGAACCAGUUAAGGAGGAAGAUGGGUGGUCAACUACAAAGUGUGAUGAAGGCUUUAAGACUCUUUGAUUAUAACAGAGAUGGUCACAUACAGAAGCAUGAGUUGAAAAGGGUCAUAGAGAACUUUUGCUUCAGGCUGACAGAUGAGCAGUUCAACAAGUUGUGGUGUAAAUAUGACAUGACUCGGAAUGGUCACACUCUUGAGUACAUGGACUUUCUUAAACGACUUGGGGUUAAUGCAAAGCCCAAGAAUCAAACAAGUAAAACAGGCCAAGUUGAAGGUCAACAGUUGGUGAAACUUGCUGCAAUAAACAGUAGGCCCAAAUCAAACCAAGAGAGGAAGCAAAGUCCUCCAGUUCUUACCAUGGUAGAACUUGAACAUAAACUCAGAAAGAAGAUGUGUGAAAAUCAUGGCAAUAUUACUCGAGCUUUUGUGGCAUUUGACAAGCGUGGGGAUGGAUUCGUAACCUUGGAUGAACUUAAAAGAGUUUUGUUCAACUUUGCCUUUCCAAUGUCAAACAAACUGUUUGUAGAGCUGAUGGACAGGUGCGAGAUUCGUGCCAAUCACAAAAUAUCUUAUGAACAGUUCAUUGAAAAGUUUCAGGCACCAGUAACAAAAGGAAAUGGGCAGACUAUUCCAAUAAAAUCCAAUCAUAAAUACAAUCCAGUGCGUGAAGCAGAACAAAUGCCAACCACAGAUGAUAUAUGGAAACUCCUCCAUUCAAAGAUCAUGAACAGUUUCCCAUCCAUCAAGCAGGCCUUGUGCACACCCAUGGCUGAUGUCAGAUCAUCAAGAUCAUUCACCGAAAAGUGUGUCCCCUCCUGCUGUCAUGGCUUGGUCCACUGUGGAAGACAUCUUGCGCACAAAGAUUACAGAUAACUGGAAAGCAAUUGCCUCAGCAUACCUUGGUGUCGACGAAGACAGAGAUGGUUCCAUAUCACGCGACGAGUUGAGGCUACUUCUGGAAAAAUACUGCCUUCCUGUCUCUGAUGAUCACUUCGAACUGAUGUGGAGCCGGGUAGAUGAAAAUUCGAAUGGAACUGUUGAUUUUCAAGAAUUUCUUGCCAAACUUGGUGUAGAUAUUAUUGGCGGGGACAUCGACGGUUUAAGCACCAGAAUUCUUGAUGAAAGUGAAGCGAAGGCUCAGUUUAUGAAACAAGACCAGUCCACAAGACUGGAACUUGUGGAAGAGAGAGCCCUGAACCUCACAGGCCAGAAAACCGCUAAUGAAUGUAUGGAAAUCCUUAAGGAGUACAUCUCCCAAAGGUCACCCGACUUCCGAAAAACUUUUGUCAAAUUUGACGGCGAUAGAGAUGGAAAGAUCUCGAGAAAAGAAUUUCGAUUGAUUUUAGACAGUCUGGGUUUAUACAUGACAGAUGAUCAGUUUCGCAUUCUUAGUGCCAGACUGGGAUUUCACAAAGGAAAGAUUACGUAUAUGGAGUUUCUGGACCAUUUUCAAGAUCGACGGUCCUUUGGUGUUGGAGAAAAAGCACCUGAAUACCCAAUUCACAGAUACAACCUCCCGAUGCCUCAAGAGCAGUCGAUGAAAGCAAGUGUGGUGGAAGCGAAACUGAGAAGCAAAUUGCGGGAGAGCUUCCAGGACCUGCGCGCAGCGUUUCAGAAGAUAGAUUAUGACCGCAAUGGGCUGAUUACCAGACCGGAAUUCAGGCGCAUUCUGGACUCUUUCAUGUUCCUGCUAUCAGACGAGGAGUUUGACAAGCUCAUGUCAAAUCUUGGAAUACAGAAAGGAGCUAAACUGAAUUACAGAGAAUUCUUGAAACGGUUCGAGCAUGUUGAGACUGUUGAAGGGGGACAUCCCUGGCUGUAUUCUAACCACAGCUUCAAUGAAGCACAGGAUCUAAAUUACUUGAGCGCAGAGCAAGCGGAUGUCAUCAUAAGAAGAAAAGCGUGGGAGCAUAACCAAGACUUGUCAAAAGCUUUCUUGGCUUUCGACCGCGAUGGAAACGGAAUAGUUACCAAGAAAGAGCUGAGGAAAGUGCUCUAUCACUUCCAGAUCCCAGUCAACAAAGAAGAAUUCAAGAAAUUGUGGGACAAGUACGACACUGAUGGGAAUGGCUGUGUGGAUCAUCAUGAGUUUCUGGCCAAGUUAGGGGGGGAGAUGGCGCCUGGUGAUAUGCAUGGACCAAGUACACAGAUAACUAAACAGAGCCAACAGGUUAUGGAGAGUAUGUACAGGAAGCAACAGGACCUGCAUAUGGCUGCCACACUCAAUCAAGCACAGGCUGCCUCAUUCUUAUCCGCACUUGAAGUGGAACAACAACUGAGGGAUCGUUUUCGUGACGGUUACGAAAGUUUGAGGAAAGCAUUCGAGACAGUUGAUACGAACAGAGAUGGUUACAUAUCGAAGAAUGAACUGCAGAAAGUUCUAUUUGACUUUCACUACUUCCUGGAUGAUGUUCAACUCAACAUUCUACUGGACAGGUGUGGUCUAUCCGGAAAGAACAAGCUUUCUUACGAGAAGUUCCUGGGUGCGUUCCAGGACCAGAGGCAUUCUGGGUAUGGGCGCGUUACCUUGGAUACACCAGGCAAAGUUUACACGCCAGUGAUAUUUGAGAGACACGACUCACUUUCUCCUGAAGCCGCCAUCAACAUACUCAGGAACAAAAUCGGCGAAAAUCCAGAAACUAUCCAAAGAGCCUUUGCCGCGUUUGAUCGAGAGGGAGUGGGACUGGUUACAAAGGAAGACUUGCAUCAGAUAAUCAAUGCGUUCUGUUUUGUGAUGUCUGACAAACAAUUUCAGGCGCUCAUGAAAAAGGAAAACUUUGGAGAAGGAGGGUUGAUAUCCUACGAUGACUUUUUGAAGAGCUUUCAGAAAUCAGACGCCGAGGUAAGUCGUAAGUGGCUAGAGAAUUUGUAUCCCUCUCCUGAAAAACGCCAAAGAACCGCCGACAACUUCACCAAGCGGUCGCGUGCUAUGACUGAAGCCGAAGUAGAGAAGAGAGUUCGAGAAGUUGUAGUGGCGCGAUUCUACAGUCUUGCCAAGGCGUUUACAGAUGAAGACGUUCACCGCAGCGGGAAAAUUAGCGCCAGUGCUCUCCAUGAGAUACUCAACCAACAUGCUUUCCGUAUGACAAGUGAUCAGUUUAACCACAUUUGGUUGAAACUUCCGAAGAACUCCGAUGGUACUGUGGAUUACAAGGAGUUCUUGAAGAUAUUCUCCACAAGACCUGAUAUCACUCGAACGGCGUCUGCAACACCGCCUCACUCACGUGACAGAAGGGCAUCAUCUGAGCUCGCAGUGUCUCCUGUGCAUACGCCUGUCAGGAUCCCCUCACCUGAAUCUUUGACCCCGCCCCUUUCAGCAAGUGAAGUAGAGAGGAAUAUCAAAGACGCGAUUUGUCGUCGGUGGCAGCAAAUUCAGAAAUCCUUCAGGAACAUGGACAGUGGUAACAAAGGAACGGUGGACUUUGAACAACUUAAAGAUGUUCUUUUGAAACACGACAUUCAUCUCAGCCCAAGCGAGUUAUUGUCUUUGUGGAGGAAACACAGCAGUGAAGAAAAAGGAGGAAUCGUGUACAAAGAUUUCAUGCGGCAUUUUGUAUUAAAUUUGAAAUCUCAAGAGGGAAACUCUCUCAUCAGACCCAAAUUGCAGCCAAGCAGAAUGCCGACAAGUCCGGGAUACACGAGUGACCGGUUAAUCGAACUAAUGGCCACUAUUCGAGCACCAAUAAGGCGUGAUUGGAAGGAAAUGAGGAGGGCGUUCAGGGGUCUUGACAAAAGUGGAAACGGGACUUGCUCACUUGUGGAUUUCAGGCAGAUGAUGAGAAAAUUCAAGGUUGACCUUAACGAAGAGGAGUUUUUCCACUUGUUUUCCUUUUACGAUAAGAACAUGACAGGAAGGAUUUCUUACAACGAUUUCCUCAGAGCUCAUUUAGAGUAGAAUAUUAAACUGUAGUAAACUCUGUACUAUGCAAUUAGCUGACGAGCUUGAGAAGAAUAAUGACAUUUAUCUUCAAUUGUAAUUUACACACUGUAAGGAAUUACUGUUCGUCCUUAUUGAACGCUGUACAUACUUCAAUCUGAUGAAAAAAAAUCAAAUUCUUUUCUGAUAUA